ACUUGGGAGUCUCUUGGUGGCACCGCCCCGGGGACCGGGACUCGCUCGCGCCUGUCACCGGAUAGCCCUUACGGAGUCCGCCUCGAACUUGCCUGUGAGAGCAGCCGCCCUCCCCGGGGCCGCAGCCGAGCCGCUUCCCGUGCCCGAAAGCGUGAGCGCAGGCUACGAUCUCUCCUCUCAGGAGCUGAGAAGAGCUGCCUGGCCCCUGCGGGUCGCAGAAUGGCCGGAGGUGACUAUGCGGAAGUUCUCAAGUACUAUGAAUUACAUGGAACAGUCGGCACAGGUGGGUUUGCAAAGGUAAAACUUGCGCGGCAUCGUCUCACUGGUGAAAAAGUUGCAAUAAAAAUCAUGGACAAACUUGCUCUACAGGAUGAUUUGCCUCGUGUUAAAUUAGAAAUUGAUGCCAUGAAGGACUUGAGUCACCAGCACAUUUGCCGGUUGUAUCAUGUGAUUGAAACACCUAAGAAAAUAUUCAUGGUUUUAGAGUACUGUCCUGGAGGAGAGUUGUUUGAUUACAUAAUUUCUAAGGACCGCCUUUCCGAGGAGGAAGCUCGUGUAUUUUUUCGGCAGGUUGUUUCAGCAAUUGCUUAUGUGCACAGUCAAGGAUACGCCCACAGGGAUCUCAAACCAGAAAAUUUGCUGAUUGAUGAGGAACAUAACCUGAAGCUGAUAGACUUUGGACUUUGUGCAAAGCCAAAGGGUGGCCUUGAUUACCAUCUGAACACAUGCUGUGGAAGCCCAGCUUAUGCAGCACCAGAGCUGAUUCAGGGCAAAGCAUACAUUGGCUCAGAGGCAGAUAUUUGGAGUAUGGGAGUACUGCUGUAUGCUCUUCUGUGUGGUUUUCUCCCCUUUGAUGAUGACAAUGUCAUGGCUGUCUACAGGAAGAUACUGAGAGGAAAAUACAGUAUUCCAAAGUGGCUCUCUCCUAGUAGUACACUGCUCCUUGACCAAAUGCUGCAGGUUGACCCAAAGAAGAGGAUUACAGUCAAACACCUGUUAAGUCACCCUUGGCUUAUGCAAGGCUACUCUGAUGCUGUUCAGUGGCAAAGUAAAUACCCACUGCGACAUCUUGAUGAGGACUGCAUAACAGAGCUUUCUGUGUUUCAUGAGCAGAGCAGGGAGACUAUAAUGGAAUUAAUAACAGAGUGGAAAUAUGACCAGAUGUCAGCAACAUACCUCUUGCUUCAAUCCAAGAAGGCUCGCGGCAAGCGUGUGUGUUUAAGGUUUCCAUGUCUAACACAGCAUGCCAGAACCAUGCCGUUGGCAGGCCUCAAGUCUGAAAACAUUGUGAUGUGUGAAGACAUGCCAGACUGCAGUGAAAUGCCAUGCGCGUUUGGAUCCAUGGAAUUUUCAGAUACAGCUUCACUGCUUAAAGAAUCUCCUUUAGAAGAAUUUAUUCUAAAUACUCAUGGAACAAAACAGCAUUCAAAGCCUGAUGCUCAAUUGGAUGAUACGGAAUUCACACUGUCAACUCCAGUGACAAAAAAAGUGGCAUCAAAGAAGCAUAAAAACAAAGAGAAUGUAGAGACAGAGUCAGCUUUAAGAAAUGAAAUGCCCUUUGCACUUCCUGCUCCAAAGACUCCUUUUGCGAAGAGUCAGAUUGAGACACAGGAACAAGCCGUACCCCCUCACACACCUGCCUUCAAAGAGAGCCAGUUCACUGCAGUCACCCCAAUUAAACCCACAAACCUGACAAACACAGAUGAAUUCACAGCAGCUGAGGUUCUUCCUGAAAGAAGAUGUCACUCAGUGGAAUUAGAUCUCAACCUAGGUCACAUGGAUAGCAGCCAAAAGAAGAGAAAAGCCAAAAUAUUUGGAAGUCUUGAAAGAGGCUUAGAUAAAGUGAUCACAAUGCUUACGCCAAGCAAGAAGAAACGAUGCACUAGAAGUUGUCCAAGGAAACGUAAGGCACACUGCAAUGUUACCAUCACUCACCUACUGAAUGCAGACCAACUGUUGAAUGAAAUAAUCACCGUUCUUUCGAAGAAGCAUGUGGAAUAUGUUCAGAAGGGUUAUACCCUGAAAUGUCGAACACGGUCAGAUUUUGGUAGAGUAACUAUGGAGUUUGAGUUAGAAGUGUGUCAACUCGAUAAAACUGAAGCAGUGGGUAUUUGGCGACAACGGCUUAAGGGUGACGCCUGGGUCUACAAGAGGCUGAUGGAAGACAUCUUAUCUAGCUGCCAAGUGUGAGUGGCAGAGGCUUUUAUCAUGAUGUUUUGGAAAGGUCUGUUCAGAGAAGUAAUUCUUUGUCACAGUCACAGCUAUAUUUGAAAAAUCUGUCAUAUUUCUUCGGUUUUAACUAUCCCUUUUUGUACAUAUGCCUUCUGUACGUUUCCUUUAUUAGGUUCAUAAUAAAUGUUCUGCAACUGCAACUUUUCUGAAGCAAAAUUCUGUAAGCUGCUCCGUCUCUCAUACAUAUUUGUGUUAAAAAAGUAGUGGUGUUUAUGUGCUGAAGCUUUUUGUGCUAUGUCUUCAGUUAUCAAGUGCAUGUGGCACAGAAAUUGUAAUUUGCAUAAUUCUCUUGUCUCUGCUUAAGUAGGAUUUAUUGAGAUCAUUAACUAAGUCACAGCUGUGGUUCCCAGAGUUACACUAUAUGCUCAGUGUUGUACAAAAUAGGACUGGCUUCAAUAAAUGUGAAGUCAAGAGUGCUUGGAUUUAAACUGUGAUCUCAUAUAAAGUGUUGCCGUAUCUCAUUACAAAGCCUCAAUGACACUUAAUAAGCCUGUGCACUUUCUGAUGCUGUCAUGUUAACGUGAUGAUAUAAGGAUCAUUGAAGAACAACAGCACCUUUGAACUGUUGGGAAUGGAGAAGGCAUUUGUCACCCUGACUGUCUGCAAGGAAUCCAGUGACACCUUUAACAGAAUUUAACAGAAUUUAAGCACCGGAAAUAAAACUUGAAAUAUGCAGAACAAGAAA